AUGUUGCUGUUUUUGUUCGAGAUGGCGCGGCUCGAGGCCGCCCAGCGCCCCCGGGGCCCCGGGGUUGCGAGCGGCGCGGCCGCGGCGCCAGCGCAGCCGCUGCCCGCUGCCGCUGCCGCCGCGCGCGCGCACGGGGGAGUCCCUCGGCGGCGCGGCGGCGCGGCGGCGCGCCUGCUUGGGUCAGGGCAGUCGCCUUGCCGCGGCGGGUCGCCUGCCGCCUUCGAGGCAGGCAGCCCGCCCGGAGGGCGAUGCGCGCUUCGUUAUGGCGGACCGCGCCGCCAGGCAGGAUCGGUUUAUUACGCUUUGGGAGGCCGUCGCGUGCCCUUGGUGCAGCCAGGCACGGCCUCACACUUGAGGGAG